UCCCCCCCCCCCCCCCUCCCCAUCAGCCGGCCCUCCCGAUGAUCAGCUCAGUGUGUGUCUCCACGUUCCGAGCGCGGAAGACGAACUCGGGGGCUCCGUCCAAGACAUGUAUAAAAGCCGAGAUGGGUCCUCAGCUGGACAGCGACAAGAUAGUCAUCAACUGCGGCGGGGUGCGCCACGAAACCUACCGCAGCACCUUGAAGACGCUGCCGGGCACCCGGCUCUCCUGGCUGACGGAACCGGACGCCUUUAGCAAUUUCGACUACGACCCCAAAUCGGACGAGUUCUUCUUCGACCGCCACCCGUCCGCUUUCUCCUACAUCCUGAACUAUUACCGGACCGGCAAGUUGCACUGUCCCAACGACGUGUGCGGGCCCCUCUUCGAGGAGGAGCUGGCGUUUUGGGGCAUCGACGAGACCGACGUGGAAGCAUGCUGCUGGAUGAAUUAUCACCAGCACCGAGACGCCGAAGAGGCGCUGGACAGCUUCGAGGCUCCGGAGCCCGAGGAAGAAGACGAGCUGACGGGAGGCGCUGACGGCGACCUGAAGCGGCUUUGCCUGCAGGAGAACGGGAGGAAGCUGGGCUGGUGGAAACGGUACCGCCCUAAAAUCUGGGCUCUGUUUGAAGAUCCUUACUCGUCGAAAUACGCGCGGUACGUGGCGUUCGGCUCCCUCUUCUUCAUCCUCAUUUCCAUCACCACGUUCUGCUUGGAGACCCACGAGGCAUUCAACUCGGUGGUGAACCGCACGGAGAACGUCACCGUGGGCAACGUGACCCGCCAGGAGGUGGUGUUUGAGGUGGUGACGGACACGUGGCUCACCUAUGUGGAAGGCGUCUGCGUCAUCUGGUUCACGCUGGAGUUCCUGGCCCGCAUCGCCUUCUGCCCGGACAAAAUGGACUUCAUCAAGAGCUCCCUGAACCUCAUUGACUUCAUCGCCAUCCUGCCCUUCUACCUGGAGGUGGGGCUGAGCGGCCUGUCGUCCAAGGCAGCCAAGGACGUCCUGGGCUUCCUCAGGGUGGUCCGUUUCGUGAGGAUCCUGCGAAUCUUUAAGCUCACCCGCCAUUUCGUGGGGCUGAGGGUCCUGGGGCACACCUUGAGGGCUUCCACCAAUGAGUUCCUGCUCCUGAUCAUCUUCCUGGCGCUGGGGGUCCUCAUCUUCGCCACCAUGAUCUACUACGCCGAGCGGAUCGGCGCCGACCCGGCGGACCUGACUGGCAGCGCCCACACCAACUUCAAGAACAUUCCCAUCGGGUUCUGGUGGGCCGUGGUCACCAUGACGACGCUGGGCUACGGGGACAUGUACCCCGUGACGUGGUCCGGGAUGCUGGUGGGGGCGCUGUGUGCCCUGGCCGGGGUGUUGACCAUCGCGAUGCCCGUCCCGGUCAUCGUCAACAAUUUCGGCAUGUAUUACUCUCUAGCGAUGGCCAAGCAGAAGCUCCCGAAAAAAAAGAACAAGCACAUCCCUCGCCCCCCCCAGCCGGGAUCCCCCAAUUACUGCAAGCCUGACGCGGCCGCCCUCGGGACCUCGCCCCAGAGCAUCCUGGGACAGCAGGGACUGGGGGGGGACUGUCCGCUAGCACAGGAGGAAAUCAUUGAGAUCAACCGUGCAGACUCAAAGCAGAACGGAGAUGCAGCAAAUGCAGCCCUGGCUAACGAGGACUGUCCCACGAUCGACCAGGCGCUGUCCCCGGAGGAGAAGUCCCCUAUCACUCCCGCCGCGGGACGGGGAGGGGGCGGGACAGGGGAGCGCUAUGCACACGACCGCGCCUGCUUCCUGCUCAGCACCGGGGAGUUCCGCACUCCGGACGGGAACAUCCGAAAAGGUGAGAAUUCCUGCCCCGCACCCCCUUCUACUGAGGAAUGGUUCAAACAAGAUGGGGCCUUCCUGCAUGAUCUCAAUGCAAACUCUGCUGCUUCCUGGAUCAAGUCAUAGGAAACUGAGGGAGGCCAAAAGACAAAAGAAUUACAGCCAACGGGAACUAUGAAAGAGACUAAAAAAACACCCACAGACGAUCAACUAUAUAUAUCAAUCGAUCUAUCGAUCUAUCGAUCUGUCUGGCCAAAGCAGACCCUGCGGGUUUGAAUCCAUUGCUGGAAGGAAGACUAACGCAUUUUGCGCGUUCAAAACAAAAAAAAAAAAAAAAA